UUUUGGAGACGUUUUAGCAAUGACCGGAGGGACUUGGAAAGCUUGAAGCUUCUUUCACAAGUGAGUCUCAAACAACAAGGUUCACCGGGCAAUCAAUGGGACAUUUUGGCUGAACUUGCCUCACCGUCACAGCCAUUAAAUGACUCGUGUUGACUCGCUGACACUUCACCGACUAACUCUCCUCACAUCCACGAUGAGUUUGGACAAACUCUUUCACCAAAUCCUCCGGGCAGAACAACACUUCAGUGAGCAGACUCAGAAGUUGAAAGAAGUGAAAGCAGCCAUCAUCAGAAGCAACUCUCAGUUGAAAGCUACCACAGAAACGUACCAGAAGACCACUGAAGAACUUGAAGUGAAGGACCAGCAGUUGUCUGUGAUGAGGCUGCAGUGGGACUUGAUGAAGAAAUGUAAUGAGCAGAUAUCCCAGAAAAGCGAGGAGCUCCUCGCCGAGAACGCUCACCUCCAGGAACGUCUGGCAAGGAUGAAGACGGCGUUGAAGGACGAGGAGCGAGAAUUCCUGCAGGAGAUAUCCAGCUUCAACUGUGAUUUCAGUCUCUGCGGGAGCUCAGAGAUGAGCGGCCAUACGCUCGCGGACAUCCUCAACCUGGACAUGGAGGUGGACUCUUUGUACAAAGUCAUGGAGGAGAUGAUCCAGAGUAACUGUCACGUGAGCGACUUACUGAAACGGAAGAGGAGUCUCCAGCUUGAACUGCAGGCCCUCAAAAGCGUACACGCAGACUUGGAGCGGCAGCUGAGCGAGGCCAAAGAAAUGACAGCAGUUCUGCGGGCCGAAAGCCACGCUGCCGGUCAGAAGGCUUUCACGGACAGCGACGUAGUCACGCUGAGGAAGGAGCUGGAGAUGCACCAAGAGGGAGACAUGGAACUCCUGCUGGAGACCCUCAAGAUGGAAGUACAGCACCUCCAGAGCAGGGUGGACAGCCGGAAGGGCGGCGAGAAGACUUAGAAGCUGCACAUUGUUGUUCUUGUUUGUGGAAAGUAGGUUAACAGACAAGUUGACAUCGUUACCAUGGUGCGAUGAAAUAAGUUGGGAAAUACUCAAGUCUAUGUGUUCCUUUUGAUACAAAAAUAGUGCAAACUUGGAACCUAUAUUGUCAUUUAUAUUGAUUUGCAAUUUAAGUGUGGUACACACAUAUGUGUGGAUUUUGAGCCCUAUUCCUUCUUUUCCAUCAAAGUCAACAAAGGCCUGAAUAUAAGUUGUCUCUAAAAGAUGUAAUUAUCCUGUGAUUUGGGAAGUGAAGAGAUUGUUUUAUUUUUUUUGCUCGGAAAAUGGUCGGGCUGACAAUCGUAAAUGUUACUUUGAUUCUCCAUUCGAAAGUCAUUCCGUUCCAUUGUCCACCUGUGUGAGGAAAAACAACUCAGGUCAAUAUUUCAUUUAAGUAUAGAUCAUUGGGACUGGGUAAUGUACUUCAGUAAAUGUAGUCUAAAAUUAAGUUUAUCAAAGCAUUGCUGUAAAAUGAAUAAAGAUAAUGAGCCCAUAUCGCCCUGUUGUGAUGCUCAGCGAAGUCGAGGUGUUCAAUUAUAUCAAAGUAGCCUGAAAAAUCUCUUCAAUGUGGCUUCCUUAACGCUGAUCUCGCCAACUAGAAAUCAAAUGAGUUCAAGUGGAUGUCUUUGUAGUGUUGCUAGUCAGUGGUGCUAUGGUGUCCUCUAGUGUGCAGCGUGUAGAAUGUCUCUUCACUAACAUGUUGACUUGAGGUGGUCGCCUCAAUAAAUGUAAUUAUUGUGUUUACUGUUAAAGAACAUCACAAAAAUGGGAAGGUUAGUUCAGCUCAGUUUGUCAACUUGUUAUAAUUAAACUUCUACAGUUGAUGUUGGAUGGAGCACAAUCUGGGACCUUUUUCUCCAAUUACACAAAUCUACCUUUUUUUUUCACAAUUUAAAACAGUUUGCAGGUGUCGUAAUAGCAUGCCAGUGAAAUGCUUUUAUCAAAAUACCCCAAGGAUUAAGAAUCAUAGUUUACAACCAACAUCAUUAGCUCGUUUUGAGGAGGCAAUCCUGUCUCAUUGAAAUGAGCGACAUACACGUCGGCUUUCCUUACCAUGACAUCCUGGAGUGGAGCUUAUGGGAUUCUGAUUAGUUGUGUCAAAAAGCUAGCAUUUUCAUUGGUGAAGGCAAUUCACUUCAUACCUAGUGUGCACGGACACAUCUACACGCACAAAUUGACAAAUGGGGUCAACAGCUUCACCGAGGAAGCAAGUAGAGGCCGUCUGUUCUGCUGACCUUCCGCUGCCACGUCAUGGGUGGAGAAACUCGGUGUGGGCCCAGGUUUUAUGUAGCCAAAAUGUGACAU